AUGCGCCGACUUUUCCCUCUGCCUGCUUUUGCUCUACGCCUCGUCGCCGGAGCUUGGGCCCGUGGUGGGACAAGCCCGGCCUCAGUCGGUAAGGGCCGAGUCCGGUUCUCGGCGACCGUUUCGUGGCCUCGUCCGCACUCAGUCCGAUACCGGGUUCGAGUCCCGCCCGAGGCUAGACACAGGCGAGCUAACACCAAAACUGCCCUCCUCGACUCAACAUUCAAGCGCCAACCAUUUGGAUUGACUCCAAGCGCCGGAAACGAGGAGCGUCUCGAUAUCGAGUUGAGCAGUGGCGGACUGUUUGCAGCGCGAUUGUGUCUAUCUUCAUUCAUGUGUAUGCGUGCGCGUGAGAGAGAGCGAGAGAGCGAAAGAGCAAUUUCGCUGCCUCCUCUUUCAUGUGGACCCAGGUCCGAGUCUACAAUCGCUUCCGAUCUGGCCGGGUCAGGCAGAAGCCGUCAUGACGAUGCGAGAGAAGAAUUGCGAUUUGAACAACGUCGACAAGACCAAGUUCCACUGCCUUCCGGUCCCGGGGAAGAAGACGAAAACAUUUUCGAACGAAGCCGUUUCAGCAAUUCUUAA